GAUUGUGGUAAAGGGGGUCCUUAAUGCAUUAUGGCUCACGCAGCAUCGCAGCUCAAGAAAAACAGAGAUUUAGAACUUAACCCUGAAGAAGAAAAUGAGAAAAAGCGGAAGCACAGGAAGAGAUCCAAGGAUCGUAAGAAAAAGUCUGACACCAAUGCAAGUUACCUACGAGCUGCCCGUGCAGGAAACUUAGAAAAAGCUCUUGAUUAUUUAAAGAGUGGAGUGGACAUCAACAUUUGUAACCAGAAUGGGCUGAACGCGCUCCAUCUCGCCUCCAAAGAAGGCCACGUAGAAGUUGUUUCGGAGCUGAUACAGAGAGGUGCCAAUGUGGAUGCAGCAACAAAGAAAGGAAACACAGCUUUGCACAUAGCAUCCUUGGCUGGGCAGACCGAGGUGGUGAGGGUGCUGGUUACGAAUGGGGCCAACGUCAAUGCACAGUCGCAGAAUGGCUUCACACCGCUGUACAUGGCAGCCCAAGAAAAUCACCUGGAAGUGGUUAAGUUUCUUCUUGAUAAUGGAGCUAGUCAGAGCCUUGCCACAGAGGACGGCUUCACCCCGUUGGCCGUGGCUCUCCAGCAAGGUCACGACCAGGUGGUUUCCUUGUUGCUUGAAAAUGACACAAAGGGGAAAGUACGGCUCCCUGCUCUCCACAUCGCUGCGCGCAAGGAUGACACCAAGGCAGCUGCGUUGCUGCUGCAGAAUGACCACAAUGCUGAUGUGGAAUCCAAGAGCGGCUUCACACCUCUCCACAUAGCGGCCCACUAUGGAAACAUCAAUGUAGCAACGCUGCUUUUAAACCGCGGGGCGGCUGUGGACUUCACUGCCAGGAAUGACAUCACACCGCUGCACGUGGCAUCCAAAAGAGGGAACACCAACAUGGUAAAGCUGUUACUUGACAGAGGAGCGAAAAUUGAUGCCAGAACAAGGGAUGGCCUGACCCCUCUGCACUGUGGGGCACGGAGCGGCCAUGAACAAGUGGUGCGGAUGCUGCUUGACCGUGGGGCCCCUCUUCUUUCCAAAACAAAGAACGGCUUGUCUCCGCUGCACAUGGCGACCCAAGGGGACCACCUCAACUGCGUCCAGCUUCUGAUUGAGCACCACGUGCCAGUGGAUGAUGUGACAAAUGACUACCUGACUGCACUUCAUGUGGCUGCUCACUGCGGCCAUUACAAAGUUGCAAAGGUCUUGUUGGACAAGAAAGCGAACCCCAAUGCCAAAGCACUGAAUGGUUUCACACCUCUCCACAUUGCCUGCAAAAAGAACCGAAUUAAAGUGAUGGAACUUCUGCUGAAACACGGAGCAUCUAUUCAAGCUGUCACGGAGUCGGGGUUGACUCCAAUCCAUGUUGCUGCCUUCAUGGGACAUGUAAAUAUUGUUUCACAGCUGAUGCAUCAUGGAGCUUCUCCCAACACAACCAAUGUGAGGGGAGAGACGGCCCUGCACAUGGCUGCCAGAGCUGGCCAAUCAGAGGUGGUCCGAUCCUUAGUUCAAAAUGGCGCUGAGGUCGAAGCUAAAGCCAAGGAUGACCAAACGCCACUGCACAUCUCUGCACGUCUGGGCAAAGCUGAUAUAGUCCAACAGCUGUUACAGCAAGGAGCAUCAGCAAAUGCUGCUACAACUUCAGGGUACACACCACUGCACCUUUCAGCCCGAGAAGGACAUGAGGACGUCGCAUCCGUCCUUUUGGACCAUGGGGCAUCCCUAAGUAUCAUUACCAAGAAAGGAUUUACCCCUCUACAUGUGGCAGCGAAAUAUGGCAAAAUGGAAGUUGCCAACCUUCUACUUCAGAAAAAUGCUUCUCCAGAUGCUGCUGGAAAGAGUGGUUUAACUCCACUGCAUGUCGCAGCCCAUUACGAUAACCAGAAAGUGGCCCUUCUCCUUUUGGACCAGGGAGCCUCCCCUCAUGCCUCUGCAAAGAAUGGUUACACACCGCUGCACAUCGCUGCCAAGAAGAACCAGAUGGAUAUAGCAACCACAUUGCUGGAAUAUGGUGCUGAUGCCAAUGCGGUGACUCGACAAGGCAUUGCUCCUGUGCAUCUGGCUUCCCAAGAGGGUCACAUGGACAUGGUGUCCUUGCUUCUCACCAGAAAUGCCAAUGUGAAUCUUAGCAACAAGAGUGGCCUGACUCCACUGCACUUGGCGGCACAGGAGGACAGAGUCAACGUGGCAGAAGUUCUUGUCAACCAAGGAGCUGUGGUCGAUGCACACACCAAGAUGGGCUACACCCCAUUACACGUUGGGUGCCACUAUGGAAACAUAAAGAUGGUCAAUUUCCUUCUGCAGCAGUUUGCAAAAGUGAAUGCCAAAACAAAGAACGGCUACACCCCCCUGCACCAAGCAGCUCAGCAAGGGCACACCCACAUCAUCAAUGUCCUGCUCCAGAAUGGCGCAUCCCCCAACGAGCUCACGGUGAAUGGGAACACCGCCCUGGCCAUCGCCAAACGGCUUGGCUACAUUUCUGUCGUCGACACGCUGAAAAUAGUGACGGAAGAGACGAUGACGACGAUUACUGUCACAGAAAAACAUAAAAUGAAUGUCCCGGAAACAAUGAAUGAAGUUUUGGACAUGUCUGAUGAUGAAGCAUGUAAAGCGAAUGCCCCUGAAAUUCUCAGUGAAGGCGAAUAUAUUUCAGACGCUGAAGAAGGUGAAGAUGCGAUGACAGGCGAUACGGACAAGUAUCUCGGACCCCAGGAUCUCAAGGAACUGGGGGACGAUUCUCUGCCUGCGGAAGGCUAUGUGGGCUUCAGUCUGGGGGCCCGGUCUGCCAGCCUCCGCUCCUUCAGUUCGGAUAGGUCCUACACCUUGAACAGAAGUUCUUACACUCGGGACAGCGUGAUGAUUGAAGAACUUCUGGUGCCACCAAAGGACACGCCCCCAACGUUUCCUCGAGAAGUGGACUCCGAUUCCCUCCGGCACUACAGCUGGGCUGCAGAGACCUUGGAUAGCGUUAAUCUUGUUUCCAGCCCCAUUCACUCCGGUUUCCUGGUUAGCUUUAUGGUGGAUGCCCGGGGGGGCUCCAUGCGUGGCAGCCGCCACCACGGCAUGAGGAUCAUAAUUCCGCCACGCAAGUGCACAGCUCCCACCCGCAUCACUUGCCGCUUGGUGAAGAGAGCCAAGCUGGCCAGCCCUCCACCGAUGGUUGAAGGAGAAGGAUUGGCCAGCAGGCUGAUUGAGAUGGGGCCUUCGGGGGCCCAGUUCCUGGGUCCGGUCGUGGUGGAAAUCCCCCACUUUGGAUCGAUGCGGGGAAAGGAGAGAGAGCUGAUCGUGCUAAGGAGUGAAAACGGGGAAACUUGGAAGGAGCAUCAGUACGACAGCAAGCCUGAGAAUCUCACUGAGCUACUGAGCAGCAUGAACGAAGAGCUGGACAGCGUAGAAGAACUGGAGAAGAAACGCAUCUGCAGAAUUGUCACCAAGGAUUUCCCUCAGUACUUCGCAGUGGUUUCGCGGAUUAAGCAAGAAAGCAACCAGAUUGGUCCAGAAGGAGGCAUCUUAAGCAGCACAACUCUGCCUCGGGUCCAGGCUGCCUUCCCCGAAGGAGCGUUGACCAAAAGAAUACGAGUGGGCCUCCAGGCUCAACCAGUGCAGGACGAAAUGGUCAAGAAGAUCCUUGGCAACAAAGCCACCUUCAGCCCCAUUGUCACCGUGGAACCCAGAAGAAGGAAAUUCCAUAAGCCCAUCACUAUGACGAUUCCGGUGCCACCGCCCUCAGGGGAAGGAGUGGCCAAUGGGUACAAAGGGGACACCACGCCCAGCCUCCGACUGCUGUGCAGCAUCACAGGAGGCACUUCACCAGCACAGUGGGAAGACAUCACAGGAACCACCCCCCUCACCUUUGUGAAUGAUUGCGUCUCCUUCACAACCAAUGUUUCAGCCAGAUUUUGGUUAGCAGAUUGCCAUCAAGUUCUUGAAACUGUUGGGUUUUCCACACAGCUGUACAGGGAAUUGAUAUGUGUCCCAUACAUGGCCAAGUUUGUCAUUUUUGCCAAAACUAACGAUGCUGUGGAAUCCAAUUUGCGUUGCUUCUGUAUGACAGAUGAUAAAGUUGAUAAAACUUUGGAGCAGCAAGAGAAUUUUGAAGAAGUUGCAAGAAGCAAAGAUAUUGAGGUUUUGGAAGGAAAAUCGAUUUAUGUGGAUUGUUAUGGGAAUCUAGCCCCUUUAACCAAAGGAGGGCAGCAGCUUGUAUUUAAUUUUUAUGCUUUCAAAGAAAAUAGACUGCCAUUUUCUAUCAAGAUCAGAGACACCAGCCAAGAGCCUUGUGGUCGCCUGUCCUUUCUGAAGGAGCCAAAGACGACCAAGGGUCUGCCCCAGAUGGCGGUUUGCAACUUGAAUAUCACUCUGCCGGCACACAAAAAGGAAACAGAAUCAGAUCAAGAUGACGAGACGGAGAAAACAGACCGGAGACAGAACUUUGUGUCCCUGGCUCUACGUAAGCGCUACAGCUAUCUGACUGAGCCUGGCAUGAUUGAACGGAGUGCUGCAGCUGCAAGAUCCCUGCCCACCACCUACUCCUACAAGCCAUUCUUGUCCGCAAGACCGUUUCAGUCCUGGGCAGCGGCGCCUGCGUCUGUGCCGGGACAAAGCAAAUCUGGCUUCACCUCCCUGUCAAGUUCUUCUUCUAACACUCCAACAGCUUCCCCAUUAAAGUCAAUCUGGUCGGUUUCCUCUGCUUCGCCAAUCAAAUCCGCGUUAGGAGCCUCCACUACAUCUUCAGUUAAAUCUGUUAGUGACGUAGCUUCUCCGAUUAGGUCAUUUUGGACCAUCUCCUCGCCAAUGAAAGCCGCGGUCUCGCAGCCUCCCUAUAAUAUCCAAGUCUCUCCCGGUUCCUUUGCCAGAGCCGCUGCCGUAACGGACGCCGCUAGCUCAAAGGGGCUGGUGUCGGCUUCUGGGUCCCCUGCUCGGACAUCUCCUGUGACGACAGCUGGGUCUCUCUUAGAGAGGUCAUCCAUUACCAUGACGCCGCCAGCCUCUCCCAAAUCUAACCUUAACGUGUAUUCUUCAAGCCUGCCAUUUAAGUCCAUCAUCACAUCAGCAUCUCCUCUUUUACCUUCACCCUUAAAGUCGGUGGUGUCUCCUGUUAAAUUGGCAGUUGAUGCCGUUUCACCCUCUAAAGUCACGAUGGCUUCAUCCCUCCCAUCCCCUGUGAAACACACGGCUGGACACGCAGAGGCAGCCCUGGUGAACGGCUCCGUCUCGCCUUUGAAAUACCCCUCCCCUGUCAGCGUAAUCGGUGGCUCCAAGGCCACCGCUGCGUUUCAAGACAAGAUGGUGGCCACAGCCGGUUCAGCAAGCUGUGCUGUCAAAGCAGCCGCUGACACAGUGGAGAAAAUGUUGCCUGUGACUCCUGCAAAGCCAUUUUCUCCCCUCAGGUCGCACGUGUCUUCGGCUCCAUCCGCCUUUCAGUCAAUAAGAGCGCCUUCCGCAGGGGUCCUCUGUACGCCUCUUGGGUCAGUCUCGGCAACUACCUCGUCAGUCACCUCGUCAACCAUCACGGUGCCAGUAUAUUCUGUAGUCAAUGUUUUGUCUGAACCAGCACUAAAGAAGCUCCCUGAGACACCUUCCCUGGUCAAGUCAGCAGCUGCCUUGCUCUCGCCUCUUAAAACAUUGACUAGAGAGACAUGCCCCCCACCUCCCUUUAGCCGAACCUCAUCUCCUGCCAAAUCAUCUUUGUUUUUAGCACCCUCUGCUCUUAAGUUGUCCACGCCAUCUUCUUUAUCUUCUAGUCAGGAGAUACUAAAAGAUGUGGCCGAGAUGAAAGAGGACCUAAUGAGAAUGACAGCCAUAUUGCAGACAGAUGUAAUGGAGGAGAAGGCGUUCCAGCCAGAACUCGCCAAAGAGGGUAGAAUAGAUGAUGAAGAACCUUUUAAAAUUGUUGAGAAAGUGAAAGAGGACUUAGUAAAAGUUAGCGAGAUACUGAAAAAAGAUGUCUGUGUAGAAACUAAAGCGUCAGUCAAACUGUCCCAGAACGAUAAAGGACGCUCCUCUGAGGAAGAAUGGGUAGAGUUCAGUGCAGGUGAGAUUGAUGAAGCAAGACGGCAAGGCAUGAUCAUCCCUCCUUUAUCGAUCCCGGAAAAGGUGCAAAUCAAAGCAAAGGCGGUAUCUGAAAAGGAUUACAACUUGACCAAAGUGAUUGAUUACUUAACGAAUGACAUUGGCAGUAGUUCACUGGCAAGUCUGAAGUACAAGUUUGAGGACGGGAGAAGGGAAAGUGAAGAGAGGCAAAAAAGGGUUUUGAAGCCAGCCAUGGCACUACAAGAACAUAAACUUAAGAUGCCUCCAGCCUCUGUGAGGCCUUCUACUUCUGAAAAGGAAUUGUGCAAACUUGCAGAUUCCCUUUUUGGAACCGAUACCAUUUUGGAGUCUCCAGAUGACUUUUCCCAGCACGACCAAGACAAAAGUCCUUUAUCUGACAGUGGCUUCGAGACGAGGAGCGAGAAGACCCCUUCGGCCCCACAGAGUGCGGAAAGCACAGGGCCAAAGCCCCUUUUCCACGACGUCCCCAUCCCUCCCGUCAUCACGGAGACGAGGACAGAGGUGGUCCACGUUAUCCGCAGCUAUGAACCUUCCUCGGGAGAGGGUUCUGAGCCCCCUGCGGAAGAGCCACCGUCCCCCCAGGUGGGGGGCACUUUCACGGAGCUGCAGCCCCGGCCCAACGCGGGAUCCAUCAAGGAGAAGGUGAACGCGUUCCAAGGGAAGGCCAGCAGCGAAGAUGAGGACCACAAGUGCGCCCUGGGUAAAGGGGUCCGUGUGAAAGAAGAAACCCACAUAACGACCACCACCAGGAUGGUCUACCACAAACCUCCCUGCACCGAGAGCUCUUCAGAAAGACUGGAGGAAACCAUGUCAGUUCACGACAUCAUGAAAGCGUUUCAGUCAGGACGAGACCCUUCCAAGGAGUUGGCAGGUCUGUUUGAACAUAAGUCUUCAGUUACACCAGAUGCUAGCAAACCCACUGAAAUCUCACCCCAGCCUACAGAGAAGGACAGCAAAAUGAAACCCAAACUGGAGCGUAUAAUAGAGGUCCAUAUCGAAAAAGGUAAUCAGGCUGAACCUACUGAAGUCAUUAUUAGAGAGACAAAAAAGCAUCCCGAGAAAGAAAUGUAUGUAUAUCAGAAAGACUUGCCUCAAGGUGAUUUGGAAAAGCAGGACGCCCUUCCUUGUUCAGGUGAACAAGGUCAGCAAGAAGAAGAAGAACUUACAGCUGAAGAGUCGCUUCCUUCUUACGUGGAAUCUUCUAGAGUAAAUACUCCCGUCUCCCAGGAAGAAGACAGUCGCCCUAGUUCUGCCCAACUUAUGUCUGAUGACUCGUACAAAACCCUGAAGCUCUUGAGUCAACAUUCAGUAGAGUACCAUGAUGAUGAGUUGUCAGAACUAAGAGGGGAAUCGUACAGGUUUGCCGAGAAAAUGCUUCUCUCAGAAAAGCUAGAUGUGUCUUACUCUGAUACCGAGGAGUCAGUUACUGACCAUGUCCCCCCCCUUAGCUCAGACUUGCAGGGACCUGAUAAACGAUGCAGAGAGAAAGUAGCCACAGCACCCCCCCAAGACCUCCUCACCAAAAUCUCUAAGGAGAUAUCAGAAAAUGGUGUGGGUAAAGUGUCAAAAGAUGAUCCUUAUGAUAAAGUGACAGUGUUGCAUUAUUCCGGAGAUGUUAGUAGCCCAAAGCAUGCCAUGUGGAUGCGCUUUGCAGAGAACAGAUUAGACAGAGGUAGAGAAAAGUUGAUGUAUGAAGACAGGGUGGACAGGACAGUUAAGGAGGCUGAAGAAAAGUUGACUGAAGUAUCGCAGUUCUUCCGGGACAAAACAGAGAAACUGAAUGAUGAGCUGCAAUCUCCAGAGAAAAAGCAGAAGAGAAACGGGAGGGAGGCUGGUGUUGGCCUUAGUUCGGCCAGCAGCAGUCCAGAGAAGGUGACUGAUUCUGAGUCACAAAGUGACUGGACAGGAGGAAGAGGUGGCGGCUAUGCCCAGGAUGGGAGGCGCUGGCCAAAAACAGAAGAGAGGAAGGCAGCCAGUUUGCCCAGCAGCCCAGAGAGGCAGGUUCUCUCUCAGCCAGGCGAGGACUCAAAGGAACCCAAGGGAGUGGCUCAGAAGAGCAAAAUCCCAGAGGCUUUGCCAACAGGGUUCCAGCUGAGGCAAUCCAAGCUCAGCUCCAUUAGGCUGAAAUUUGAACAGAGCCUGGGCUCCAGAAACAAGGAGAUGCUUCAAGAGGAGAAAAGGCUGGAUGUGCCAUCUAAAAUCCCAGUGAAAAGGCUGCAGGACAGCAAGCUCCCAGUCUAUCAGUUUUACUCCCGAGAGAAACAGGCAAAAGAGGUAGAUGGCAUGGAUGGGAAUUUAGCGUUCCAGAAGGAAACCCCUGCUGGCUCCUUACAAGAGGGCCCCAAGGGCAAAGGCAGGGUUUCUGAAGAGGCCUCUCCUGCAAAGGUACCAAGAGCCAAGGACGAAGUACCAAACAAGUACCAAGCACCUGCUUUUGCAGAGCAGAAGGUGAAGUGCCUGGCCCACAGUGCCAGUGCAGCACCUGCCCCAGCCAAGGGGCAUUGGGACAAGAAGAUCUACAGGACGUGGGAAAGCCCUGGGACCUCCCCCCAUCAGGCACAGAAAGAGAAGCUUUCCCACGUCCUUGUUCAGGAUGUAGUCAAGGAAAGUCAGGUGGACCCUCUUGAGGCUAAAGAGAUGGCCAGAUCUGGUGAGCUGAUUACGGUGACGGAAUACGAGCAGAAAGUGUCUGCAGAUGGAUCAGGUUCUAAGGAGGUGAAGGAACUGGCUGUAAAGUCUCCCUCCAAAAAGGUGCUUUAUAGGGAACACCUGGUCAGAGGAGGGGAAUACCCCAGCGAAGUCAGGGACAGGAUGUCAGAGAAAAAGUUGCCCCUGGCUGCUCCCCACAUUCCAGAGAGGGCUUCAGAAGAGAGAGGGACAUUGACAGGUGGCGUUCUUGAGGAACAGCCCCAAACCGCAGGAUGUGAACUCUCAACCAGAGUGCCCCACAUCAGAAGGGACAGGGAAAAGGGGGAGGGACAGCUGGGCGCCGCAGAGCGUGAGAGAAGCAAGGGUGCAGGGAACAGUCCGGCCAGCCUCAGGCAACUCGGCUGCUUCAAACUGAGUCCUCCUAAGGAGGAGGCAGAAUCCUCUCCCAGCAGAUCGCCUGAUCCCUUAGAAGCUAGCCCAGGAAGACCGUCUCCCUCAAAGCAUUUUGACCUGGUGAAACCGUCCCCUUUAGCAGGAGAGGAGGGAGCAAAGGAGAUAAAAACAUUGCCUGUCUAUGUCAGUUUUGUUCAGGUAGGGAGGCAGUAUGAGAGUGAGGUGCAGCAAGGGACCGUGAAGAAAAUUGUGAGUCAGGAAAGUAAGACAGUGCAAGAGACACGGGGGGCAUUUUACACCGCUAGGCAGCAGAAGCAGCUUCCUUCCCCACAAGGGAGUCCGGAGGACGACACCUUGGAGCAGGUGUCCUUUAUGGACAGUUCUGGGAAGAGCCCCUUAACCCCAGAGACGCCCAGCUCAGAGGAGGUGAGCUACGAGUUUACCUCCAAGACGCCCGAUUCGCUCAUCGCUUAUAUACCCGGCAAACCAAGCCCAAUCCCCGAGGUGUCAGAGGAGUCGGAGGAGGAGGCUGAAGCCAGGUCUGCCUCUGUGAAGCAGGCCUCCACCGAUUCACCCCGGCCGGAACAAGGGCUGCCCCAUAACCUGGACAGAGAAACUAACCACAGGCCGAAGGGAAACAGGGUGGCCUACAUCGAAUUCCCACCACCUCCUCCACUGGAUGCAGAUCAGCCGGAGCCGGAAAAGCAGCGCCCCUCCUCUGAGAGCGACAUGGAGAUGACCGAGGUCGAUCUGCAGGAUGAGCUUGAGAAACGCCAGCUGGCAGAACCCGUCAUCCGAGUUCAGCCUCCUUCUCCUGUGCCACCAGCAGAAGACCUAAGCAGCUCCAGCGAUGACGAGUCCUUGUAUCAGCCCGCUCCGAUUAAGAGAUACACAUUUAAAUUGAGCGAUACUGAAGAUGACCAGAAGGGCACCUCCAUGCACAAGGCGCCUGGAAUGAAGGAGAUCAGAGAGCCUAAUGAAUUUGACUCGGGCCUCGACCCACCCCAGAACGAAGUCGCGCCAAAUGGGAACAACGACCAGUCGGUCACCGAGUGCUCGAUAGCGACCACGGCGGAAUUCUCCCACGACACAGAUGCCACUGAAAUCGACUCUCUCGAUGGGUAUGAUCUGCAAGAUGAGGAUGAUGGGUUGGCCGAGAGCGAUUCUAAGCACGCGUGUCCAGCAGUAGAAGCUAAAAAAGAUCUGUGGGUUACGGAAGGCAUCUUGAAACAAACUGAUCGGAGUUUUAGCCAAAGUAAGCUGGAAAUUAUCGAGGAGGAGGAAAAACUUGGCACCGAAGAAAGGAAGCCCUUAUCAAAAUGUCCAGCAGCUGAGAAAAGUGCUGAUAAAGGCGAACAAAAGUCGGGGGCCCAGUUUUUCACCUUGGAAGGCCGACACCCUGACAGGACCGUGUUUCCUGAUACGUAUUUCAGUUACAAAGUAGAUGAAGAGUUUGCCACCCCAUUUAAAACCAUAGCAACCAAGAGCCUGGAUUUUGACCCUUGGUCCAGUAGCCGCGGAGAUGAUGAAGUCUUCGAGUCCAAGACCCGGGACGACGACACCAAGCCCUUUGGCCUUGCCGUGGAAGACCGAUCUCCUGCGACGACCCCGGACACGACGCCUGCCAGGACGCCAACGGAUGAAAGCACUCCAACUAGUGAGCCAAACCCCUUCCCGUUUCAUGAAGGGAAGAUGUUUGAGAUGACUCGCAGUGGCGCAAUUGACAUGAGCAAGAGGGAUUUUGUUGAAGAAAGACUCCAAUUUUUUCAGAUUGGUCCACAGAGCCCAUGCGAACGGACAGAUAUAAGGAUGGCGAUUGUGGCUGAUCACCUGGGACUUAGCUGGACAGAACUGGCAAGAGAGCUGAAUUUUUCUGUUGAUGAAAUCAAUCAGAUUCGAGUGGAAAACCCAAAUUCUUUAAUUGCUCAGAGCUUCAUGUUGUUAAAGAAAUGGGUUACCAGAGAUGGAAAAAAUGCUACAACUGAUGCCUUAACUUCUGUAUUGACAAAAAUCAAUCGGAUUGACAUUGUAACUUUGUUGGAAGGACCAAUAUUUGAUUAUGGAAACAUAUCAGGCACCAGAAGUUUUGCAGAUGAAAAUAACGUUUUCCACGAUUCUGUUGAUGGUUGGCAGAAUGAGGCCUCUAGGGUCAAGGUGGACCCAACAUCUCCAGGACGCAGAAUAAGUGGUGAGCUGCUGAAUCGACUAGAUGACAGCCCUGAUCAAUGCAGAGAUUCUAUUACCUCAUAUUUCAAAGGGGAAGCAGGAAAACUGGAAACGAACGGGAGCUCCUCUGAAUCUACAUUAGAAGCAAAGGCCAAGUCUUUUGUCCAGGACUCUGUGAACAAUCUAGGAAAGCAGGGCGACAAGGAAACUGUGAAACCAAAAAUGCAAAGCUCUCUCCGAACUGAGCAGCAAACAAUCUCAUUAACAUCCCACCAGAAAUCCUUGCAAGAGGCAAACAAGCCAGCAGUUGAUACACCUAAAACCUCUGUGCCUGUUAGCAUGAAAAAGACAAGCUGGAGUAUUUCUGACAGCAGCAAGCCAAGAUCAAAAGCUCAGGAAGAUGAUGGAAUAGCAGCCGUGUCGGAACAAAAGGAGUUUAGUGAGAGUGGCAGUGAAUGUGAGGUUCAGAGUGAUUCAAGUUCAGAUGAAGAACAGAGGAUCGUUACGAGGGUCUAUCGCCGGCGUUUCGUUCUGAAGGGUGAGGAAGCAAAAAACAUUCCAGGUGAAUCUGUUACGCGAGAGCAGUUUACCGAUGAAGAAGGCAAUACCGUCACCCGAAAAGUUACCCGGAAAGUGUUGAGACGUAUUGUUGUCCCACGCGUGAAAAAAACGAUCAGGCAGGGAGAAGGAUGUAAGGUGAAGAUGAAAAAGGAAGCCCGGCAUGCAGAGAAGACGACCUAUUCAUAACAGCCAAACAGUGAACGACUGUGUGCUUUUACUGCCAGUAUUCUAGAGAGAAACUCAAGGAAGAAUAAAACCAACAGGAAUUAUCAAGUCACGGACAAAAGUGUGUGUGUGCGCGCGCGUCUGUGUGUUUGCUGCUUCCACACAUUAACCGCAUGGUUUUUAUGUGAAGAACACAACAAAAACAAAUUUAAUUUAGCAUGAGCCAGUUCUACAAGAGCAUGGAAAUCCACUUUUGUUCACACCAUUGGAGAGGAUGCAGUGGGAGCAGAUACUACGGAUGCCCAGGGUGCUCCUACGGGGCAGCUUCACUGAAGCAGCGCAAGGCCAUCGUGAAACCAAGGAAUUCCUGUUGCAACAGCAAAUUAAAAUGACACUGGAAAAUGGUUCAAGCUAUAGAAAGACACUAAAAAUUAUUAAAAUCCACAACAGUUCGCCUUAUUUUUCUCAGACCCAAACUGUCAGGGUACUAAGAUACACCUGUUUUCGUUUUUUUUUUUUUUUAAAAGACUAACAUUGCUUGUUUCAUUGUAAAUAACACUGUGUAAAUUCUAAGGAGAAGCAGAGGAUCCAGGCUGAUCAGGCGCUGUCUCUCAGUUCACAAACUGAAUAGUGCAUUUGCACUGAACAGAAAUCAGUCUCUCGGAGGGCCGCUACACCUGCCGAGGCAUUCUGGGUGUAUCUUCACAGAUUCUUGUAUAUUUAGCAAUUAUAAUGUUUGUAUAUGCAAAAAUGCUAGCUUGAUUUUAAAAAAAUCUUUAAAAUCUGCUGCAAAUUUAAUGAUUCCUUAGACAGGGAAUUCGGUAGUUCUGUGAAACAAAAGAUUCUCUCUCCAGAGUACUAAUAUUUUGAUGCAUGCGUUCCACCUUAUUUUGAUGAACUCUUUUCCAGUUUUGCAAAUAUUAGAUUGGGACACGACAGACGAGGUCCUGGGGUGCCCUUCAUCGAGCCCAGCGGCUAAGGGGCGCCUCCUCAUUUCAGCUGCAGUGGGUGGGGAGUCGCAGCCCGGACUGGGCGGCCGUUAGAGAGUGUAACCUCUAAACACAAAGCCCUUCAUCUAAUAUUUGUUGUUGUUGCCAAUUUUUUCAGUGGAAAUGACCUAAAACUUACAGAAACCAUAACGUAUACCGUAGUUGCUUUCUGGGAGGGGGUGCUAUCUGUCCUGCUUUCCACUGGGGGAGACGCUUUGCAGCUUUUAGAAGCGGGUGGGUGUUCCUGGGAGCACCGGUUGGGGAUAUUUAAGGAAAAAAAGUUGGGGGAGAGGAAUGAAGGGAGAGAAUUUCUUAGCUAACAGAGUGGCAGCACGCUGUAAAAAUAUUACUAUAUUGUGUCCUGGCUCUAAGAUGUAGAAUCUUUAAGGAAGCCAAUCGUGUAAUCAUCCUAGCAGAUUAAUAUUAGGUUGUUAAGGCUGCUGUGUUUUAAAGGGCAUUUUUAUUUGGGUUUUUGGUGAAAUACUUUUAAUUUGUUAAUUAUCUUCAUAUGAAAACAGGACUCGUUGAUAAUAGCUCUAAUUACAUAUGUAUGAAAAAACCCACCAACACUGGAUGAUCUAGUUGAUAAUUUAAGCAUAAAAUAAAUUGUGUUAACGCACUUCA